AUAUUUUAUGGAGUGUCCCAUCACGUCCCAUUUGCACCAACGGACUUGUACAAAUGGUGGAUAAAGCUCCACGUACUGUCACAACAAUAAGUCUUGUUCCACUCCAUUACCAACCCUACUUAUCUCAAUGUAAUGGAUCGGAAGCUUUUACCAUUGGAAAUCAGAAG